AUGACUCUAGUUCUAAAUGAUCCCAGUCUCUGGCCGGUCAUUAAUGCGAGCCGUAUUUACAGCUAUUUUGCAGUUGCCUCCUCUAUUUGGGUCAUGUACGAUUGGGCCCUGACUUUCGGACAGGAGAUCGAGCUCAUCUGGAGGCAACGCUGGUCACUCAUGACCGCUCUGUAUCUGAGUGUUCGCUAUCUUGGAAUUUUAUAUGCUGCCAUCGAGAUUCUGGACAACGUUACGACAAUAUCGCUGACAGAUUCACUGGUCCAAUAUAAUGAUCGCCACAGCUGCCUGAUUGUAUUCAUCGCGCAAUAUUGGGUGAGUAUCGUCGUGAACGCAAUACUGGGCGUCUUCCUGACUGUCACCAUCGCCGUCGGAGUGUUGAACAUCAUAACAACAACAGACACUUCAGCAGAGGAGGCCAUUCUCUCUGGCACCUACGAAUGCUUUGUUGACAUUGCAGGAAAUAUCCAACUACUGGCUCCCAUGACUUGGAUACUCGGCACUAUAUGGGAGGUCCUCGCACUAUGUCUCGCAAUCUGGAUUGCUGUAAAACACUUCCGUGAAUUGCGACGACACUCGGCAGGAGGGAUUAUCGGGGACUGCUUCACAGUGUUGAUACAAUCUCACGUGGUUUACUUUGCGAGCUUUGUUGUUGUUUCUUGCUUCACGAUCAGCAGUGAAUUGUCUCCAACGUUAUCAGGGGACCCACAGUCCCUGGGAACCCAGAUUUACCUUGGUUUACGUGAAGUUUUCCAGGUAGUGCAGAUGUUUGUGCUGGGACCACGCCUGAUUCUCAGUGUUCGAGAAUAUCACGCCAAGCUCAUGGCCGACUCCGACGCAGCGAUCGGCAUGACUUCAUUUGCUUUCCAGGAGCGCGACUCCGACGCUAUCACUGACGAAGAAAUCAUAGAUGAGUUCUCUCCAAUUGCUUCCUCCUCACCCAACUCCCACUAUCCGACAGAGGCACAUGUAGCUCAUACGCAUGCGCUUCACUCGCUACCCACAAAAGAGCAGUCUUGCGAAUUAUUCUUCAAUAUAUUUAAGACGAGUGUCCUCACUGCUCAUUCUGGCUCAAUUGAACGACAAAGAAAAGCACCAUCAACAAAUGCUACAGAGUCAUUCAGCACAUCUUUCCGAUCAUGGGCUCCUCCCAACGUGAUUCAAAUUGGCGAUAGCUCUCAUCGUCUCAUCGUGCCUCCAGAUGAUUGCGCUGUUAUGAAACUCGGAGGGAUAUGGAUGACUGUGGUCGUGAACGCAAUACUGGGCGUCAUCAUAAUCGCUCGGUUAAAUGCCAUGUAUCAGCGGUCCAGAAAGGUUCUGAUACCUCUCGUUGUCAUGUUCCUGGCCGACUACAUCGCGGUCGGCGUAGUCGUCAUACUGGCAACGAGACACAGUUCAGGGGAGGUGCUCGUUCUCUCCGGCACCUACGAGUGCGCUAUUGACUAUGAGAGUGAUAACGCACUACUGUUUUCCAUCAGUUGGAUACUCACAACUGUAUGGGAGGUCCUCGCACUGUGUCUCGCAGUCCAGGUUGCUGUAAAACACUUCUGUGAACUGCGACGACAUUCAUCGGGAUGGAUCAUCAAGGACUGUUUCACGGUGUUAAUGAAAACUCACGUUGCUUACUUUGCGAGCUUUGUUGUUGUUUCUGGCUGUGAGAUCGGCAGUCAAUUGUCUCCGACGUUAUCAGACCAAUACUCCCCGGACCUGGUUUUUCUUGGUUUCCUUCAAAUUUUCCAGAUCGUGCAGAUGUUCGUGCUAGGACCACGCCUGAUCCUUAGCAUUAGAGAAUAUUACGCCAAGCUCGUGUCCGACUCCGACACAGCAACCGGCAUGAAUUCAAUUGUAUUCCAGGAGCGCGUGCGUGUGGCAACUAGCAGCAGUGUGUAG